GGAACGAUUUUCGUUUUUCUUUGUUUGCCUUUGCAGUGCGGCUUCUCGCAGUGGAGGAAAUAAAACAACGCAUCAUCUUCGGCAAUGGAGGAGGUUGUCCUCUGCGAGCCGGACUUCACGUGCACCGCCGCAUUGGUGCUCACCAUCACCCAACCAAAACUGGCGCAAUCGCUGCUCCGUCUUGCGAAUCAACACUGCCCUUUGGAGGAGUACGGGGACCAUUUGAAGCGACUCCGCCCGCGACCAUCGCAGAAGCCGACGGCCCCAUCCACAUCUGACGCCCCCUCUUCGACGCCUCUGCCAGAUAAGGGUGAAGAUUCUCCUUCCUUGGCAAACUCACCUGUGUGCUUGGAGCUUCUUUUGGCGGUGCAAGAGCCACGUGUCGAUGCAACAGCGGCGUUCGCACAGGCACAAGGAAGGUCGCGCGUAAGCCCAAUGCCAGGGACAGCAGCGUGGCCCAUCACACUCGAAAAGGAGUCGCUGAGUGUCUCGCAAGCACAAGAACUUCUCGCAGAACGCGCGCUGCCGACGCAAGCGAGACAGUUGCAGACUUUUGUAGAAGCUGCUGCCCCUGUUCUUACCCCGGCUACAAGAACGGGCAGCACCACCUCUACAGAGUCUUCCACGGCCCGCUAUGAGAGCACGGGCAACGGUUCUGCCUUUUCGUUUCGCGUUCUUCUCGUGCCCGCCUCGGCGCCUCGGCAGAACCCUUCCGUGUGGGCGUGCGCAAACGUGCGUUGGCCGUUGGCUGUGCCGAAACCGCGUCCGCCGGCCCCGCCUGCACCGUCGCUGACGCAGCAGGUGUGUGAGGACAUGCAGCGGCACGUCUUCCCGCUCUGUCGCGGAAGGCGGUGUGUUCUUGACCUUCGACAGCAAUGGACACGCGUUCAUCGAGACGGCCGGCGCGAGGUGGAAAUGCGAAACGGCGGGACGAGAGGCGGGGUGCACGCUCGUGCGGGAGCCGGCGAUGACGCGCCGAGUGGAUACGAUCUGCUGGACAUCGUGGCGGUGGUGAUGGAUCCCAUUACAAAGGAGGUGCUCGCGACCAGCGCCGGGUGCAGCUCGAUGCGUGUGGACAACCCCAUCGCCGUAGCACCCUAUUGCGGUCACGCGAUUGCGCGACAUCAGCGAGAAGAGGAAAUGGAGGAGCAUCUGAUUUCCGCAAAAGAACCGUCGAGGCAGCGGCCGCGGCGGGAACAGCCACGUAUCGUGCUGGAGCACCCCGUUAUGUACGCACUGAAGCAACUCGCCGCCGCAGCACACCAGCAGCAGCGGCAGCGUCACGGAGACGACCACCACGGAACAGGGACGGAAAAAGAGGAGGAAAGCAUCGCAUCGUCUGAGGCAGCAGACGGGCCUCGCCAAGUGGACAGCAGUCGGCCCUACCUUGCGAAUGGGCUUGAUUUGUAUGUGACACACGAGCCGUGCGUGAUGUGUGCCAUGGCCCUCGUCCACAGCCGCAUCCAGCGCGUCUUCUUUCUUUUCCCCAAUCCAGUGCACGGCGGCCUCGGUGGGCGUUACCACGUCCACGGCAUCCCGUCGCUCAAUCAUCACUUUCAAGCAUUUUGCUGCACGAAGGCCGCGGAGUCGUACACACAAGGCGAACAUGCGGUGGUGUGA